AAUUUGUUUAGGAGCGGAGAAUUGGGUCGUGGGGGUUGGGAGAAGCACCAGUGUUGAAGUAGGCUACCUUCGUUUACUGAGUCGUACGAGAGCUAAAUAGUCGACAGUCGUUUAAACUUGUAAUACGGCACAUUCAAGGACACGCAAUGGAUGUAGAACCCAUAACGAUCACACUGGAGUCUGAAACCAGCUCGACCUUUCCGUUGGCAUUAAGGAAAAUACUGGCAAUACCACCCCCGGCUCUGUUCGAUGGAGAAGACGAAAAUGACAAGGAAAAACUGUGCAGCGGAGACAGCCUGGAUGGCAUUGGCUCAGUGGGCGCCAUGGGACCCUCGGCCGCCCUGACCCCUGCCAUCUGGGACAAGACCAUCCCCUACGACGGGGAGACCUUCCACCUGGAGUACAUGGACCUGGAGGAAUUCCUGAUGGAGAAUGGCAUCGCCGCGGGCGCAGAGGGGGCGGAAGCCAAGAAGAGCCCCAGAAAAGAAGGGGCCGAGGUUACUGUGGCCACCACACCUGAGACGCCAUCGACCACCGCCUCCGCCGCCCCUGUACAGCUGCUACCCAUUCUGGAACUGGAUCAGUGUGAAGAGGAGGUGGUGUCUGGCGCAGCCGAGACAGAUGAGGGCCGUUUGUCCCCUGAACCUGAGAACCCAGAGGAGAUUGAGGUGAACGUGAACUUUGAACCGGACCCGACAGACCUGGUGCUCUCCAGCGUACCAGGUGGCGAGCUCUUCAACCCCCGCAAGCACAAAUUCAGCGAUGAGGACCUCAAACCACAGCCCAUGAUCAAGAAGGCCAAGAAAGUAUUUGUCCCCGACGAGCAGAAAGACGAUAAGUACUGGGAGAGGCGGAAGAAGAACAACGUUGCGGCUAAACGCUCGCGUGACGCGCGCCGUCUCAAGGAGAACCAGAUCACAGUGCGGGCGGCAUUCCUCGAGCGUGAGAACACGGCACUGAGACAGGAGGUGGCUGAACUGCGCAAGGAAAAUGGCCGCUUCAAAAGCGUGGUGACGCGCUACGAGGUCAAAUACGGGGCCCUUGCAUCGGCAGAAGAUUUGUAGGUCAUUCAUAGUAUGUGUGUGUGUGUGCGUGCGUGUGUCCACUGGAUGGAUUCGGGCAGACGUGGGACAAAGCACCUUAGUGAACAGUAGUCUGUAGAAUGCAUGGGGUGUAGAUUUGCUAGUACUGUCAAAAGGUGAAGAGGAUGAGGACAACACGACUGUGGGUGAGCGAGCGAGGUGCUGACGAUGUGAGCCAUAUCAAUGCAAGGUUGUCAUGGUGUUUUAGAGAGAUGGAUUUUUAAUGGUUAUUUUUACUGUUUUACUUUAUUAUUUUUAUUUUCUUGUUCUUCCUUUUUAUGUGUAGAAGACAUGGAUUAGAUUUCAUUUUAUUUUUCAUGUAUGUACAGCAUUGGGGGUUGAACCAAUUUUUCCUUUCCUUUUUUUAAUGGAGAAAAGCUGAUUCAGAUGACGAUGUGCACGUGACUCAGGGUAAUAGAGCAGGAUUUCAGUGUUGAAGUUAAACUACGUUCUCCUGUCUUUCAUUGUGGCUUUAUGCCUCUUGCCUCUGUGUUGGCCCGGCACCGUCAGCCUAGGCUCUUCCCCAUUCAAUAUUCUAAUUGCAAAUGAGAAUACAUUUCUGAUUUUGCUUUUGCAAGAUAUUGAAUAAAAGUUCUAUUAUCAUCAAGGACAUUGAGCCUCGCAUCACAAGGGCACGAGCAACAGGGAUAGACAGGAGGAACUAAUUUGACAUGCACACAUAGUAAUGAGCGCAAAGAUCCUGUUUAAUGUGCCACUGCACAGCUUGCCACAAAGUAGAUCCAACAGUUCCAUCAAAAAAUAAAUCUUUCUUCUCCAUAUCACAUUAGUGCAUUUAACAGCCACUGUUUGAAAUAUCACUCUCAGACACAAUGUGAAUCAGCGUAGACAUUGAUCAAAUAUUGGGAUACCUCCUCAACAUGUGUAAUUAAUUCAUUAAGAAUUGUCAUUCAGUUGUUUUUGCUUCCGUUAGGCUUGAUGUGCAUGUUCAUGGCAUAUACGCUUGCAGUGGAGUGUCAAAUACAAUCUUAUACUUUUGUUUCUUCAAGCUAAAAUUUCAAUGUGAUGUUUUAUUGUAAAGAAAAAAACACUUUUUGUUAAGAUUGUUAGAAAACUGCUUGUCUUGGACUCUGUUUAAGUGCAUGUAUACUGCCCUCACAAUGUCUUCUAUCUCCAAAUAGUUCAAACAGUAGGCGUAUCUCACUGCCUUAUCAUGGUAACGGUUCACAGAAACAAAAAAACAGAAAAGUUUUAGAACUGAAAUGGCACCACUUCCUCUGCUUUGUCUUCAAUCGUUUUUUGAAAAUGUGUACCUUUUCUCUUGCUGCAUAGAACCACAGGUGGUGGUGUUUUUGCUACAUAGUCUGGGACAGGCUCAAGGUCAGUCACAUGAUCAUAGGACAUAGGAGCUGUACACGUGAGACCGCCGCUACUACUUCAGUCAGAGUUCCACAGCGUGCACGCACAUACACACACACACACCCAAGUGGCUUCAACUGAAAUAGAACAGGUUGGCACUUGGGAUUUCUACUGGGUCACAUGCCAACCCAACAGUUACAGACUGUUUUCCUCACAGACGUGUUAGGAAGUCUUUUCCGAUACUUUUCUGCAGUAAUGUACAUAGCCGUACUCUCCUUGGACAAAAAAAUGAUCUCCAGAACCCACAAGUGUCUUACAAUGACUCGACAUAAGUCAUGUGUGCCUGUUCAUACCGGGCAUCAAAUGUGACCAAUGUUAGAAACCAGUCAACACAUUUUAUGACAGGGCCCUCAUGUGUCAAGUCAAGAUGUCUAUUGCCAUUGUGUGUACAUAAUGUGCUUCACUAGAAAGCUAGAUUGUAAUCAAUAUCAAUUCAAGUCAAUAUGUAAUACUCAUCACCGUCUUAAGUCAAGAUGUUUGUUUCUCUGACAUACGUACAUGGUGUCAAUGUAACUUCACUAAAGGGAAUAAUUCAGACAAUUGAGCCGAAAAUAUGUUAAGCUAAAGGUUAAAUGUGCAUUUGCCUAGUUGAUGUAAAUUUCAUCCACAUUUCUUUGUCAGGAUUGUGUCUCACCUGUAUGCUAUCACUGCCCCCUGGUAAUUUUCCACUAAAAUCGUUUUUGUCAAUUGUUAAAUCAAUUUUCCCUUAAAUUGGUCUUCCAGCAAUUUGCAUUCAGAACAAUAUCUGGCUCUUAAUCGGCUGAGCUUCCUGGCUUGAAAUUUUGCCAUUUUUUGUAUGUUUUUUUUUUAGCAGCAGGGUACAUUUUCCUAUUUUUUUCCUAUUCCUGUUUGUAUAAAGCGAAUUGUCAGCUUUUUCUUGUAAUAUGUUGUAUAUAUUGAGUAAAACCAAACACUGGUGAUAA